GGGCGGGAGCAGGGCGCGAUGGCGGUGCGGGUGAGCGUGCUGCCCGCCCGCCGCUGCCUGUUCGAUGAGCCCGUGCGGAUCCGUGUGACGGGCCUGCGGCCGCAGCAGGCGCUCACGCUGCGUGCCAGCCUGCGGGACGACACCGGGCAGCUCUUCCAAGCCCACGCUCGCUACCGCGCGGGGGGCAGCGGCGAGCUCGACCUCAGCCGCAGCCCUGCGCUGGGAGGCAGCUACACAGGAGUGGAGCCGAUGGGGCUGCUCUGGUCCCUGCGCUCCAAAGAGCCCUACAGGCGGCUGGCAAAGAGGAACGUCCUCACCCCUUUCUGUGUGGAGCUGGAAGUGUAUGAGGGGCACGGGGACAUGAGCUGCUUGCUGGGAAAAUGCACCCAUGAGCGAUGGUUUUUAGGCGAGGGGGUAAAGAGGAUUUCGGUCAGAGAAGGUCGUCUGAAAGCAACCCUCUUCCUCCCUCCUGGAGCUGGUCCAUUCCCUGGACUGAUCGAUUUGUAUGGAUCUGGAGGAGGUCUUGUCGAAUACAGAGCAAGUCUUCUAGCUAGCAGAGGCUUUGUGACUCUAGCUCUUGCUUACAUGGCCUUUGAAGAUCUCCCUGCUACACCAGAGGUUCUUGAACUGGACUAUUUUGAAGAAGCCAUCAACUUUUUGCAGAAGCAGCAGCAGGUGAAAGACACUGGGAUUGGCGUUCUUGGCUUGUCUAAAGGAGCUGAUCUAGCCCUUUCCAUGGCCACCUUUCUACCUGGCAUCAAGGCAGCUGUCAGCAUAUCUGGAAGUGGGUUUAAUUCUUUCAUUCCCCUGCAGGGGGACGGCUUCACUCUUCCCGUCCACCCCUAUGAUUUGGGGAGGAUGAAGAUCAGUGAGGAGUCUGGCCUAGUGGAUUUUUCAGAGGUCCUAGAUGAUCACAGGGACCCAAAGACUUGGGAGUCUCGCAUUCCCAUCGAGCUGUCCUCAGCCAAGUUGCUCUUCCUGUGUGGCCUGGAUGACAUGAACUGGAAAAGUGAGCUGUACUGCCGGGAUGCUGUUCAGCGCCUCCGGCAGCACGGGCUGGAAGUGGAGUUCUGCUCCUACUCCGGAGCAGGGCAUCUCUUGGAGCCACCAUACCUGCCUCUGUGCCAGGCUUCCAUCCAUAAAGUUCUGGGGGCAUUUGUGCAUUGGGGAGGGCAGUGGAGGGAGCAUGCCAAAGCCCAAGAAGAUGUGUGGCGCAGGAUCCAGGCCUUCUUCUGGCGACACCUGAACUCAGACAUCUCUAAGAGCAAGCUGUAGUGAAACUGACAGAGGUGCUGACCAGGGUUGGCAUUUCAGCUCUCACCCAACCUUGGAAACUCAUUGUAAGUUUCCUGGCCUGCCUUCCUCUAAACCCCACAGUUACAUAGUUGUUAAUUUUCAAUUCCCCCCUCCAAGUUUUCCAUUUUUUGGUUGAAUUUCAGUUGUCUUCAGGCCCCAGCUGCACUGCAGACUGGAACCAUCUGAUCUGCCUACAUGCUGUAAUCCUCUGAGCAGAACCCAGCAUCUCACCCCUCAAGCUGCAUUGGUACAGAGCCAUCAUUGCCCUCAAUCUCCAGCCAUCUCCUUUUGCAGCAGGGAAUACUCAUAGGAGUAAACAGAACAAUUUCCACUGAAUUGUUUAGCUUGCAGCUUUAAAUAACUUCAGUGUAAACAUCACUUUCUUGAGACAACACAUGAGCACACCCACCUUUCCUCUUGGUAUAGAAAUUUCCCAGGUUUCUUAAUAAAAAGGUCACUUUUUAUCCCCAACUAAGGUCAGUUCUGAUCCCAACUAAGUAAAG